AUGGCCGGGCUCGUCCACGGCCAACCGGGCGCCGAUCAGAAGACAUUCAGUCUCAAAGACCUCCCAAAGUCCAACACCUUCACCUCCAAACUCCCGCCUGACGAGCAAUACCCCACCCCCGCCGAAUCACACAAAGCCGAGCGCAAGCAGCUCGGCCCUCGAUUGGUGAAGAAUGCGGCGUAUACUUUCGUUCGGCCGGAUCACAUCGAGAACCCGGAACUGCUCGCAGUUUCCAAGGCGGCGCUGAAGGAUCUCGCUAUCGAUCCUGCGACUGUGGACACGGACGAGUUCAAAGAGACGGUCGCUGGAAAUAGGAUCAUCACUCUUGAGGAAGGGAAGGAGCCUGAGGAGAAAAGCAUUUACCCUUGGGCACAGUGCUAUGGUGGAUUCCAGUUCGGACAAUGGGCUGGCCAGCUAGGCGACGGACGGGCGAUCAGUCUGUUUGAGACGACGAACCCGGCGACGGGGAAGAGAUAUGAGUUACAGCUGAAGGGCGCGGGCAAGACACCGUACUCUCGCUUCGCCGACGGCAAAGCGGUGCUGAGGAGCAGUCUGCGAGAGUUCGUGGUCUCCGAGUCACUGCACGCCCUUGGCAUUCCGACCACCCGCGCGCUGAGUCUGGUCCUUGCGCCUGAGGCGAGAGUGCGGCGCGAGAUGACUGAGCCGGGGGCUAUCGUCUGUCGGUUCGCGGAGAGCUGGCUGCGCAUCGGAACUUUCGAUCUUGCGCGGUCGAGAGGGGAUCGAGAGUUGAUUCGCAAACUGGCCGACUAUCUCGGGGAGGAUGUCAUUCCAUGGGAAACAUUACCCGGAAAACUGGCAUCGGAUGAGGAGAAGGAUGUCGUGCACCCCAGCCGUGGUGUUGCGAAAGACGAAUUGCAAGGCACCUCAGACAAGCCCGAGGAGCAGGAGAACCGCUACUCUCGCCUCUACCGGGAAAUCGUACGCAGAAACGCAAAGAGCGUGGCUGCUUGGCAGGCAUAUGCAUUUACGAACGGCGUGCUGAACACCGACAACACGUCCAUUUUCGGGCUGUCAAUCGAUUACGGCCCAUUUGCGUUCCUUGACAACUUCGAUCCCAGUUACAGCCCGAACCACGACGACCACAUGCUGCGAUACGCCUACAAGAACCAGCCCCAAAUCAUCUGGUGGAAUCUCACUCGUCUGGGCGAGUCUUUCGGCGAGUUGAUUGGUGCUGGUGACAAGGUGGACACCGACCAAUUCAAGAAUGAGGGUGUCGCAGAAGAGUGGAUCCAGGACGUCGUCAAGCGAGGUCAACAUAUCAUUCAAGCUGUGGGCGAAGAGUAUCAGAAGGUCUUUUUGGCGGAGUACAAGCGUCUGAUGGUCGCAAGACUAGGCUUGAAGGCUGUCAAAGAGAGCGAUCUGGACGAUCUUAUUUCUGAAUAUCUCGGAUUCCUCGAGGGCCUGGAGUUGGACUUCAACCAUACCUUCCGACGCUUGUCAUCGGUCUCGCUGGAAGAUAUUGACACGGACGAGAAGAGGAAGGAAGUCGCAGGUCGCUUCUUCCAUCAAGAAGGACUGUCUGGCCUCGUAGGGUCGGAAGACGAUGCCAGAGAGCGCAUUGCCAAGUGGCUCGUGAAAUGGGCCGAUCGCGUCAAGGAGGACUGGGGCGAGUCUGCGAAUGAAGAGCGCUCCAAGGCGAUGAAGGCGGUCAACCCCAAGUUCAUCCCGCGCAGCUGGAUUCUCGACGAGGCAAUUGAGCGAGUGGAGAAGAAGGGUGAUCGGCAGAUCUUGGGGCACCUUAUGGAGAUGGCGCUGAAUCCAUUCAACGAAGAAUGGGAUGGCGACAAAGAGGAAGCAGAGCGCUUCUGCGGCGAUGUGCCAAAGUACCAAAGGGCUAUGCAGUGUUCUUGCAGUUCAUAA